GAGGGGGGCAGAGCGUCCCGGAUAUCCGUGGCGCGGUGCCUACUGGGAAGCCCGGGGAAGAAACGGAGGAGGCACGCCGCUCAUCGCAGGUCUUUUCGUCGCCGCGUCUGACGGGGUAGCUACGCAAAGGUUCAGCCAUGUCCAUCGGAGUGCCCAUCAAGGUUCUGCAUGAGGCAGAGGGUCAUAUCGUGACCUGCGAAACCAACACCGGGGAGGUCUACCGAGGGAAGCUCAUUGAGGCGGAAGACAACAUGAACUGCCAGAUGUCCAACAUCACAGUAACGUACAGAGAUGGGCGCGUGGCCCAGCUGGAGCAGGUAUACAUUCGGGGGAGCAAAAUACGCUUCCUCAUCUUACCAGAUAUGCUGAAGAAUGCACCCAUGUUGAAAAGCAUGAAGAACAAAAACCAGGGUUCUGGAGCCGGACGAGGCAAAGCAGCGAUUCUCAAAGCCCAGGUGGCUGCAAGAGGAAGAGGACGCGGGAUGGGGCGUGGCAACAUUUUCCAGAAACGGAGAUAACCUGGAAACAAACCUUACGUUGGCGAAUUGGAAAUAGUUUUACGAGUCAGUUGUGCUGCGUUUUUCUGUGCUUCAAUAAACGUGUUUCUUAUUAAUGCGG